UAAAGCGAAUCCACGAGUAUAAACGACAGCUCUUGAACUGCCUCCACGUGAUCAUCAUGUUUAACAGAAUAAAGCAUAACCCGGAUGCCCCAUUCACACCCCGGACUGUCAUGCUAGGAGGAAAGGCAGCUCCCGGCUACCACAUGGCCAAGAAAAUCAUUAAGCUGUUCAACAACCUUGCCCGUAAGAUCAAUAAUGACAUAGAUGUCGGGGAGAGGCUCAAACUUGUUUUCCUCGAGAACUACAGAGUGACUCUGGCCGAGAUCGUUAUACCAGCUGCCGACCUCAGUGAACAAAUUUCGACGGCGGGAACCGAGGCUUCAGGCACAGGCAACAUGAAAUUCAAGCUGAAUGGAGCGUUGACGAUAGGAACACUAGAUGGCGCUAAUGUCGAGAUGGCAGAAGAAAUGGGCAAGGAAAACAUGUUCAUCUUUGGUUUGAAGCUGCACGAGGUAGAGGAGCUACGCAGACAGGAGUACAACCCAGCUGAUUACUAUAUGUGCAAUGAGGAACUUAGAGAAGCCCUGGAACAACUCAAGAAUGGUACAUUCUGUCCUGAGAGUCCGGGAUUGUUUGAAGAUAUCGCCAACGACCUCAUGUAUCACGAUUAAUGGCUGACGGCAUGAAAAGGGGUAUUUCCAUGAUUGUCUUAAUUCACCUGUGUUUGAACGCCGAAACUGUUUUUGCAGUGCCUUCAAGUAUCAAACAACGGUCAUUACUUAGUAACAAACGUA